AGCCCAUGAAUUAUCGUGUUCUGUGAGUAUAUCCUUCUCUCCUGGCCAAGUGAAGGGAGAUCCUGUACGAUGACUUCUCUGUUGCAAGACUCUGGAGAAGGCAUUGACUAAUUACAACUGGAAGACGAAGGGCAGCUAAGGCUUCAAAUCUCAAUUUCAUAUAUACGUCGCACCGUUGUUGUUUUUUUAAUUUUUUAAAUCAAAGAACUUGGGCUCCCUCAAUUAAAAAGCAAACAAACAGAGUGGGCUCCACGGUGAGGGCAGAAUAAGCCCACUUUUUCUGAGAAGGACACAUGUGACUUUCAGAGGCAUCAGGGGCUGUUAGCAUCUUGUAACUAUGAAAGCCCUGCCUCCCCGACUGCACUGCUGCUGGUUCAGACCUUUGUUUUACGAUUCAGGUAGCUGAAAUGUGAGAAGAGUGGGUGACUUGUCUCAUAUCAAGUAGCAAGUGAGCACAUUGAAGAACUGAGGCCAGGCCUUGGGAGUACAGGCCAGGCCUGUCCAUGCCCCAGACCGGCGUCUGGGGGCUGAGCUUCUGCCCGCUCACCUCCUUACCUGCCGUCAACACCCACUCCACCCCAGCUGAUGGGGUUGACUCAACUUUGUUGGUCAUUCCUACUUUUAGUCUUCAGGUCUCAUUUCUGACCCUCUGCUCGCUCUGGCGGAGCCUAUCAUCCAUUGCCUGCAUGUGUAAUCGGGCUCCGGGAUCUCUUGUCCCAGGUGGUAUUUCCAGGGCUGCUCCCUGCUUCUUUGGCUAAAGGAAGGACAGUUCAGUUACCCUGGAGACCAUUUGUACACAUCUGGUUGUCCUCUGGGGACACCCAGCCUGUCUCAUCCAAGAAUCGGUCCCCAGCCCUUCUUCAGCCUUCCCCACAGUCUCCCUCCUCUACCCUCACUGCCGUAUGUAGUUUUCUGUCCUUGAAAAUGUCCUCGCGGUCAGAUGGGCUGUGAGCACCCUGCUGAGGGAAGUCCGGCAGGUCCGCCUUGGUCUCUGCCGUCCUCCUUCACAGCACAGUUUCUUCCUCCUGGUCCUGAUGUAUUGUUGUUUGUUUUUUGUUUUGACUUUGGAAGAAAGUUGGUUUCAAAUGUCGCAGGGGCUGCCGACGACCAGAAUCGCCCUUUAUACUUUUCCCUUCUUUCCUCGACUCAACUCGCUACUUAGGAUUCUGGGCCUCCACAUGAAAAUCCAAAAUAUGCAAAACUCAAGUGGUAUUUUCAGUCUUGUGAUUUUCAGAGGUGUAAGUUUUAGAACUAUGAAACUAAGGUCAUAACAAAGCAGAUUUGCUCUUAGAAAGUUCCAGAAGCCUUGUGACAUUUUUCCCCCUCCUAAGUUAGCACUUUUUCAUAGAAUUCACUCUCCAGAGUGGAGAGAUGGAACCGUUGAAAAAGGGAGUAUCCCUUUUGCUGUGAUGUGCCAGGGUUCGUGUGGAGAAGUCAGCUGGCACUGACUCAAGAACCAGGCAGCGUAUGGCCCUGCCGGUGCCGCUCUUGCCAAGAAGCCAGGAGAGAGGGGAGUGGCAGCCACCAGCCAGUGCCAGCGAAGAUCAGUGUGCUGCGACUUCCCUGAUCUAGAACAUUGAGGGUAAAAUUCCCACAGGAUAGAAGCUGUUUCUUGCCCACACUGUGCUGUUAACUAGCCAGGAAAGUAGUCUGGCUGUUGAAAUUACCACCACAUUCACUUAUAGAUUUAUCUUUCAGAAUUCUUCUGGGAGCAACUCCAGACACACCCUGUUCCACAGACAUCGCAAGGAGGAGGUGAAAGCAUGGAAAUUAAAAAACAAAUUACAGGAAUGAGAAGAUUACUGAAUGACAGCACUGGGAGGAUAUAUCAGCGUGUGGGCAAGGAAGGAGAAAAAUUAAAAGAAGAACCCCAGGAUUUGGACUCCCUCUGGCCUCAGCGUCUGAACUCCUCCGCUGAGACCCCACAGAGCCUCCAGCGUUCUUCACGGGGUGUGUGGACUGAGUUCCCGCCCCAAAGUGGGCAGUUCUCAGGGCAGACUGGCCCCCGCUCUAGAACCUUCCAGAAUCAGCUGCACACGGCUGGGAGCUCCAACGGAGAACUUCCAGCGGUGAAUUCGCCAGUUGGCUCAAACUGCUGUACUUGUAACUGCCAGUCAACGUUGCAGGCCAUUCUCCAAGAACUCAAGACCAUGCGGAAAUUAAUGCAAAUCCAAGCAGUUGGGACCCAAAACAGACAACAACCCCCAAUUUCCCUUAUAUGCUCCCAGCGAACUGCUGUCUCACGCAAGAGAAAUAAAAAGAAAAAAGUGCCCCCAAAGACUGUUGAACCUCUUACUGUGAAACAGAAACCCAGUGCGUUAGAGACUGAGAAGAAGACAGCAGUGGCCUCAGAGCGAUCUGAGCUCCAGGCAGCGGAGCGCACCUCCACCGGGGAGAACCACGUCCUAGGAUUUGGCAUUGUUCUCGAAUCACCUUCCUCAGAUCCAGAAGUGCAACUUGCUGAAGGCUUUGAUGUGUUUAUGCCUAAAUCUCAGCUGGACUCUAUAUUGUCAAACUACACUCGCUCAGGAAGCCUUCUCUUUAGAAAACUGGUGUGUGCAUUUUUUGAUGACAAGACUUUGGCUAACUCCUUACCCAAUGGGAAGAGGAAAAGAGGACUCAAUGACAACCGGAAAGGACUAGACCAAAAUAUUGUGGGUGCAAUAAAAGUCUUCACAGAAAAGUACUGUACUGCUAAUCAUGUGGAUAAACUCCCUGGCCCAAGAGACUGGGUACAGAUUCUACAGGAUCAAAUUAAACUGGCCAGAAGAAGGUUAAAAAGAGGCUCAGCAGAGGUAGCUGACGGUGAUGAAAGACUGGACGGCAUUUCUCUACCACCAACAGGUAAUAUAUUUGACACCAGGAGAGAAAACACGGAAGACACAGAGCCAGAUUUCACUGCCUAGACUUUCAUUUAGUGACAAUGUUCAUUAGCAUACGUACCUCUUCCGUUUGAAAUUUCCUCAAAGAUCCGCGUUAGCAUUUCAGGUUACUGCAAAGUGUGGGUCUUCUGUGAAGUUCACCUGUCCUGUUUGAAUAGUUUUCAUAUACUAUCUUUGUAUUCUGUGAUAAUCAAGCCUCUAAUUUGGUAUAAGAUUUUUAAAAAUCAUUUUUAUAGUUGAUUUAUCCCCCUUUAAGUCCAACAUCUGAUCCAAUUGGUUCAUUGUCCAUUAAAAAGAAGCAGCUCUCUCUUCCCUUUUUCUUUUUCUUUUUUUUAAAUAUAACCUCAAUGUGAAUAUUUGGAGUUUUGAAGCAUAUUUAUUUUCACUUAAAUUGUUUAGACGCAACAUAAAGGAGAAUGGCUCUUACUAUUAGUGAGGGAGGAGUUGUGAAGGCCAAAGUUAAUUGGCCCUUCAUCAGCUUAAAAGAUGAAAAAGAUGUUUUGGGAGACAGGAUAAUUCUGAGUUAUUAGAUAAAAUAAUUUGUGACAUUAAUCCCCCCCAAAAAAUAACUAUUUGUAACUGAAUAGGUGCAAUACAUAUAUGAUCUCUUAGGAAAGAAAAACCUUUCACGUAGGUUGUGUCCACACAGUGACAAAAAGCUCAUAAAAAGGUGAGAAACUAAAAAAAAAAAAAAAAA